GUUAUUGAUAGCUCUACAUUUAUAUCGUCGUGAGUGGGGGGGGGUAAAAAAAAAAUAGGAUUCAGAAACGAUGUUAAAGCGGCAGCCCCUGUGGAUUCCCGUUCUCACCCACAACCCGGGGUUCGCCCGCGCCUUUCGCGAUUUCCGGGCGAUGAGCGCGGUGAGCAAUCGGCUGUUGGACGGCUCCCGGGUCUCCGCCGAGGACAUCCACGUCGCCCUAGACGUGGACCCGAAGAUUCCUCACAAAAAAGUGGCCGUCCUCAUGGCCUUUCCCCUGCGCGUUCAUGGCGAUCUCUGCGAUGCGGUGGGGCCGAAGGGGGAACACGGGCUGCUUUGCGGGGUCGAAACCGCCCUGGCGGACUGCAUGAACACCGUACACGUGAUCGAGCGGCUGCUCCCGGCGAGCACCCCGAACGUCUCCGUCAGCAUCCACGCAGAGUCGCUGAGGCGGAUCAACAAGGGCGACCGCAUCCUCGUCGUCAGCGCCAUUGAUAAGAUGGGGAAAAGUAUGGUCUACCUGAAAACGGACUUUUAUCUCGAGCCCGAAUCCGCGUCGGAGGAGAUGGUGAUGCGUGAAAGGGAUAUCGCGAGCUUGCAGGAUUUACGGAUGGCUCUGAACCUCUACGAAAAGCUCGCCCAUGUUGUCCAUGUCAAGUGUAUCCUCAACUCAAAAAAAUAA